AUGGCCAGCGCAUUUAGAAUCAUCAUCGUAGGAGGCGGCAUAGCAGGCCUGGCUACAGCUAUUGCCCUCCGAUCGUUAAACCGCAAAAUUAUUGUCCUUGAACAAUCCUCUUUCAACCGCGAAAUCGGCGCCACCAUCUCCCUCCAACCGAACGCCUCCAAAAUCGUCGAAAGGACAUGGGAUCUAUCCAGACUCCUUCACGAAAAGGGCUCGAUGAUGGAUGAAGGAUUUCAAGUCUAUAGCCUGGAUGGAGAGCUGCAGUUCCGUAUUCCGCUUUCGACAACGGAGAAAUAUGGUGCGGAGCGUAUGCUGUAUCAUCGUGUUGAUUUACAUGAUGCGCUGAAAGAGCGGGCGACGUCAGACAAGUGGCCAGGUGAACCGGCUCAAUUGCAUGUUUCGAGUCGUGUUACGCAUUGUGAUUGUGAAGACGGAGUUGUGUAUACAGAAUCUGGGCAGACGUUUCAAUCCGAUCUGAUCAUUGGUGCGGAUGGAAUCAAGAGUGUCGUUCGUGAUUCAAUCCUGGGGACAAAAGUACCUGCUUUACGCACAGGGCAUUCAGCAUAUAGAAUGAUUCUCCCUGUCUAUAAGCUCCUAACAGAAUGCAAGGCAUUUUGUGACGUAGUCGACCCUACAGCUUCAUAUACGACCAUGAUAAUGGCCCACAACAGAAGAAUGAUCAUGGGCCCGGCCCGAAAUGGAUCGGUAUACAGUAUCGUUGCCAUGGUUCCAGACGAAGGAAUAAAUGAAGAUGCCUCAAAUACGAGUUGGACGACACACGGGGAUAUUAAAAAGAUGCGAGAAACUUUUGCCGACUUUCCUGAAUGGGCGCGUAGCCCCUUGUCGUUGGUUGCAGAUGGUGAAGUUGGGCUCUGGCAACUCCGUGAUAUUGAUCCGUUACCAACUUGGACGAAAGGACGAGCUAUACUCGUUGGUGACGCGGGACAUGCAAUGUUACCAACUCAGGGUCAGGGCGCGAGUCAGGCUAUUGAAGAUGCGGAAGCCGUUGGUGCAUUUUACGCCGAUAUUGCUAGCACUAUUGCCGGAAAGAAGGCUCCUUCCUUCGAGCAGAUAAAAACCAUCAAUGAAAAGAUCUUUGCGUGCCGGUAUCAGCGAGCUACGACUAUCCAGCAGUAUAGUCGACAAGCUGCUAAGCCAGCUACGGAGGAAGAAAGUGCAAAGAUUAAGAUGAGUCCGAGUGAGUUUAUGGAUUAUAAUUGUAAUUAUAAUGGAGCUUUGGAGUGGGCUAGAGAACAGGAAAAGAACCAGGAGAAAGACGUAGAGGUGAGUGUUAUCGGGAGAGAGGUGAAGGCUGGGGCACAGGAGGUAUCUGUUUAG